GCGUGUGUGUGUUCUAGUGGCGACAGAAAACCCACAUAGCAAGAACACGAUAGAUGAAGAUAUUAGGCCUUGUUCCUGUUCUAGAACUGUUUAUUUUCGCAGUAACUCUGCAGUGAACUACAUGUCCCGUGAUGCCUCGCGGUGCGCGUGACCGUCUCCCAGCAGUGGAAUGCGCGGAAUGUGUUUCCUGUGUUUGGCUCCAUCAUGAGCUCAGUCUCCGCGCUGCUCUGCUCUGCUCCGUGUGUUUCGGCGGAGCCUCCGUCGUCCGGUCCCGUGAAUGAGCGGCUCUGAGAGGCUUCAGUGAUGGCGGAGCCGCUGCUCAGACGAACCUUCUCCAAACUCCGCGCUAAAGAACGAUUCCGCCGCAAGACGGACCCCAAACUCACCGAAGUGACAGGGAAGGUGGAAAAUUUCCAAAGUUCUUCAUCGACUGCAUCCACCUCAGGACGUGCUGAGACGGAGAGCUCCAUCGUGGAGGAGUGUACCAGACGCUCCCAGAUCACCGUCUCCAAAAAACAGAACUGGGCCAAACUUCCCUCUACGAGCAGAGACCCAGCCAGCACAGAUCUGUGUACGAGCCUGGUCUACGGGCCACAGGACUGGGACUUGUGCUCCGGAAAGGCUGAGGACUCAAAACAGGCCUGGAGCCAAAUGACUUUAAGUGAGGAUGAUGGUUUGAAGUGGAAGCAGAAAGAUCUGGAAUUGGAGAUUGGUUAUUCCAGGCCACCAUGUGACUCAGAUGCCGGUUUACCGGAGUUGACGCCUGGCUGUAUGGAUGUGUGUGACUCUUCUAGCUCAGCGAAGAUCUCUGGGCAAGGCGCCUACCUCCAGCACCUGGACAGAAGUAGUCGAGCCUGGGUACUGUCCACAGGAAAGCCCCAGGCAUCAGAUGAAGUCCUCCCAACCAGAAACACAGAGUUACGGCAUGGCCCAGACAGAGAUGGAAACAUUUGGUACAACCCCAUUCCUGAAGAAGAUGACUCAAGGGCCACUAGAGGAACGGCUCAGGAAACAUAUGGAGAUCCUUGGAGAAAGAGAAAAACUGAGGAGAAAAGAGACCAGAAACAAUCAGGGGGUUUGACUCCCACCGGCCUCCAUCAAGUGAAAGAGACUCAAACUGAAGCCGACGUCAUCAGGGCGGAUAGUUCGGAUCUGGUUGUGCUACAGUCAGACUGUAUUAGCUCUGCUAGUGGUGUGAACUCUGACAGUCCUGGGGUGCCAAAGAAAAGCCCGGGAGAGGGUGCGAUUGACAAGAUCAAGUCUCCAGGAACAGUGCGGCGACUUUCUAUGAAGAUGCGGAAACUCCCGGAGCUUAGACGGAAGCUUAGCCUACGCUCGUCCCGUAAUCAGCGUAACGGACAAGGGAACGCCAGCAGUGCACCCGGAGCAUCCGAUGAUUCUUCACCACCAAAUGCACGCAAGGAAUCGUCCAGCGUCAUCAGCAAGUACCACCUGGACUCCAGUGCACCCGAAAGGCCAAGGCGUCGAUCCUCUCGAAUGGGUUCUGCCAGUAAGGGAGGAUAUCUUAGCGAUGGAGACUCACCUGAACUCUUGCCCAAGCAGGGCGUGGGGUCACCACACAGUGGACCACAGGAUUCCCUCGCUGUGGCAGACGCAGAGUCGUUCCGCUUGUACUCGCUGGCGGAUCAGCCUCGCUGUGCUCAGAGACUUUCAGGGCUGCUCACGGUGCAUCUGCUGGGCAUCGACGAGCUGCUACGAUCCCCUCGGAACGACGCUACUAAAGAAGUCUUCUGUGCCAUUCAAGUGGAUGGGGUGACCCGGGCUCGAACAUCGCUUCUCACCUGUCGAGGGGCGAGUCUCCCAUUAAACCACACCUUUAACCUGGAGCUCGAGAGGGCGCGGCUGCUCAAACUGGUCAUCUCGACACCAACGAACGCCAGCGCUAACAACGACGCUGCGGUGCCAGCCGCUCCAGCACGUAGCCGGGUGUGCUGUUUGGGUGCUGUGGCUAUACCGCCCCUCUUCAAGGCGUCUCGCAGUCAGCAGCUGUGUGUCCGUCUGGAGCCUCGCGGAUUGCUGUAUGUGAAGUUGACCCUUCUGGAGCACUUCGUGACCCCGUUCCCCCGCCUCAGUGACCUGCCUCCUCCUAAUGUGUUUGGGGUGGAGCUGCGCCACCUGGUGGAGAAGGAGGCGUCUGCGCUCCGAGUGCCUCUGAUCAUUCAGAAGUGUGUUUCUGAGAUCGAGAGGAGAGGACUGAGGGGCGUGGGAUUGUAUCGUCUCUGUGGCUCGGCGGCGGUGAAGAAGGAAUUGCGGGAUGCGUUCGAGAGGGACAGUGCAGCGGUUACCUUAAACGACGAGCUCUAUCCCGACGUCAACGUCAUUACGGGCAUUCUGAAGGACUUCCUGCGAGAGCUGCCGUCUCCUCUCAUCACCCGGACGCUGUAUGAAGUGGUGUUAGAAGCGAUGAUGGUUCGACCGGUCUGUAGAAACACCAGAGACGCUCCGAGAUCCCCGAACACCGUCUCACUGCUGCAGUGUCUUCCUGAAGCAGAGCGGGCGACUCUGUCCUUCCUGCUGGAUCAUCUGAGUCUGGUGGCGUCUUACAGCGACAGCAACAGAAUGACGUGUCAGAAUCUGGCCGUGUGUUUCGGGCCGGUCCUCCUGACGCCCACACAGGAGUCGUGGCACGCCGGGAUGACGGGCCCUGGAUCAGGGGCCCUGGCAGGGUCUGGGGCCGGUCGAGGAGGCCGUAGUUUUGCUCACAGUGAAGAGAUCGCCAGCGCUGUGGACUUUAAACGACACAUCGAGGCUCUACACUACCUCCUGCAGCUCUGGCCUGUACCCAAAGGACGAGUGACGGAUGAUUCUCUGGCUUCCCAGAGUUCCUUGCAGGUGGUGGUUUCCCGCAGGGGGCGUGGCCGGAUGGAGAGCCCGCCCUGUAACCGCUACGCCGGAGAUUGGAGCGUCUGUGGGCGGGACUUCCUGUCGAACGACGAGGCGGAUUACGACGAGGUGGCGGGCAGCGAGAGCGACGAUGACAUGGAGGAGCCGAAGAAGAGGGAUGUGUGGACGUCUCCCGAGGGUUUGUACGUGGACGAGUUUGCGCUCGACUUUGACGCUCCGUUCACGUGCAGACUGAGUCUGAAAGACUUCGACACGCUGAUUUCAGACUUGGAGAGAGAGUUAGCCAAACAAAUCAACAUCUGCCUCUGAAGCAGGAAUGAAUGUGUAUGUUCCUUAUUUUGACAGACGGAUGCGUUUUAAUACGCAGUGUGAAGGUAAAAAUAGAGCAAACGCUUCUCGAGAGGCAUGCGUUCGUGACAUAAACGACAAUAAACAUGAAAAGAAACACCAUGUUUUCUGGAAAAUAAGUCACACCGGGGUGAAAUUCGUUGAGAGAAAAGCAAUAUUUGAGUAUUAAGUCAAAUUUUAUUAUUGCAUUCAGAAAAAAAAGUAAAAUAACAAUAAUUGAAAUGUUUACAAAUAUACAUAAACACUAUAAACCAUCUCACUUUGCAACAAAUCAGUUAAAUGUAACAUUAUUCAGAACAGAACUGGAAUGGGAAUAUAAGUAUAAAACAAACCUAAAUUACAGUCAUUCAUCAUAAACAACAUUUAUUUUAAAUGCCACGCCUAAACGAAAUGAUUUAAUGUGUAGGAAAUGUACUAUAUAAAUAAGCUUCAGCUCACAUAUCUUGUUUUGCAAUCUUGAUUAAAUAAUGCAAUUAAUAGAAGUCUAUGGAAGCUUUUUUAUUUAAAAAGGUAAUUGUGAUUUAUUUUUUUAUUUUUUUCAGAAUAUAAAAACUCUGUAUAUAAAAAAUGCAGAAUGGCAGAAUUUUUUACUUUUUUUUUUUACGUGAUCAUGAGAACAGAGUUGCAAAUAGUUUUGUUUUUCCUUAGAAUUUCAGAAUUGUGAGAUGAAAAGUUGCAGUUACCUUUUUUAUGUCAUUCCGGAAAACAAAACAAAAUAAAAAUUGCGUGCGAUGUAAACUCAGAAUUGCACAAAAAAAAAAGUCAGAAUUGUGAUAAAAGUUGCAAUUGCCUGUUGUAUCUUAUUAAUCUUUGGCAGAAACAAACAUAUCUAUAAAGGUCGCAGCACAUUUCAGAAGAGAAAAAUGUGACUUAUAUUCCAGAAAAUGUAUGGGGUGUAUAUAUAUUUUUGUCAUGCAAAACAUGUGUUUUCAUUGUUGGGUAUUUGUGGCCAAUCCCAGCGUUUAUGGUGCAUUUUGUGACACAUGAGAACAUUUGAUAGCAGCUACUGUAACAUAAUAUCAACAAGCACAAAAACUCUUUUUCUUCAUUGUUCUUCUGUAGAGGAGACACAUAUUGAUUAUUCCAAGUGUAUAAUGCAUUGUAACGCAGUAUAAACACUAGCUGUUAAUGCUGAAGGCUUCGUUUGUGUGAAGUUUCUCUUAUUUAAAGCUCUGUGUACGACUCUUGUUCCAGAAGGCAGGUUUGUGACGACCAGCUGUGUUUGGGCCAAGGUUUCAUCACUCUUUCCAGCAGCGUUUCUCCGCCAGACUCUUUCUAAAGCGCUUUUCUGACCAGCCUUCGUUUUACUCUGCAGAAAAGCUUCGUUUUUUUCUCUGUCUAAUGUUUAACGGUGAACGUAUUUAUUACAUUCCCUUGAGAUCACGUUAUAGGAGCGUUCUGGGUUUGAUGCAACUUGACAGCAUUUGUGACAUAAUGUUGAUUUGAGUUUGAGAAGCCAAAGACAAUAUUCGACUUAACGGAGCUUCAGUAAUUGAUGUUAUUUAAAGGUUAAGCAUGUCAUUUCUUUCACUAAUGGAAAAGAAAUGUCAGCUUUUCCUAAACACUCCUCCUGUCUGUUAUUGGUCUGUCAGUCAGAUAGCUCCGCCCUAAACUCUCGUGAUUGCAUGAGUCAGAUGUCACUCAAACAGAGUGUCACAAUGUGGCAUUAAACACAGCAUUUGAACUAAUAACCAAAAAUAUUUUUAACUUGUACUGAACCCAGAACACAUUCAUUUAAAGCUGAUUUUAUGUUUGAGAUGCAAGUAGACAAUCAGUUAAACGAAAGCUUGGCCAGAGACGUUUAAUAUAGUGUUCAUUUUGACUGAAUUUGCACAGUUUAUUAUACCAAAAUGUUUAUAUUCAGGUUUGUAUUUUCCAAUUCAGACGCUAAAAUGACACGAUGCAUCAGGACAUGCACACGAGGAAGUGUGCUCUCAUGUUUUAUAACCUGUAUUGUCAAGCCAAAGACUUGUGAUGAUUAUUGCACUUCUGCGUCUAGUUUUCUGGAUUGUGCUUGUGCUGCUCUUGCUGAUUUGAGAUCAGUCUGUUACUGAGAGCAGCUCUAUGUUUCAUAUCUGAGCGCGGUACACAUAAUCUGAACUGUGAUUUGAUUCUAAAAGCCACAAAUGGAAUAGAAAUGCCAUGACUGAGCUCACCAGCUCCUUGUGCAAACCCUUUGACACGUUUUAUUGGAAUUCAGUUUUGUUUAGUUGUAUAAACAGUAUUAUUAUAAUCUAUUAAUGCACCUGUAACAUUCAGCACUUCUGUCUGUGCUCAUGCAUAGCUAUAAACCACAGUGAUACACACACACACACACACACACACACACGUGUGUGGAUGAGAUGUACCAUUCAGUGUUAUGUUAAAGAAAUAAAGCAGUGUUAUGUUUCUA